AUCGACAGAUCUGCCAAUAAUGGCUCCACCAGCAAGACUUUCAUAUCGCAGAUUUUCGCAGUUGCCAAAGAUUCCAACUCAAAGUCCAAGUGAUGUUAUUCAAAACGAAAAAAUUGAGCCCAAGGCUCUUCCAACUGAUCCAAAUCCAAGCACUAAAGAAGUUCUCAUGGAAGGCACCAAACACAGCUCCAAGCACUCCAAGCAAUAUUGGUACUCGACGGUUGUCCUUGGAGCCUAAAGCGCUUGAGCCUAAAACACAAGCAAUUGAGCAUAGAGCACAGCCUCAGUACUUGACCCCAACACAGUAUAAUGAUCAGCGCCAUCAAAACGAUGCCAACCGAAUGCAGAGACGGUAUUCCAUGACUUGUUCAAGCUCUCAACUGUCGGGGUAUUCUCCCAAGCCUCCACAGCCAGGGCUUCCUCAGUCCACAGCACCAGAAUCAUCGCAAGCUCCACCCUCAACGUAUCCAUAUCGUAGACCUUCACAAGGCUUUCCAACACCGACCGAUCCAAAAACCUUUCGCUACGAUUAUAAUGCAAAGGCAAAGAGCAAGGCUACUGAUUCGUUUCAGCACUCGAGGAACAAGCCCGGACAUCUUCAUAGGCGAACAUAUGGCCCACCAAGUCAGCUUAUAUCGUCCUUCGACUUGGAUGACAAAAAUAUUUUAUACAUACGUAAUCUGAGUAUGGAGAUUGUGCACCACCAGGUCUUUGAGCUCUUCAGCGCCUUUGGCAAUCUGAAGCGUGUCUACGUGCAUCAACGCUCCGAGAACUACAAGUAUGCGAUGAUAAUUUACAUCACUGAAGAAUCCAUGAAACGAGCAUUGUCUGCCAAUCCGCAUAGGCUGAACGACAGGAAAUACAUUUGCCAGCAGGCCAGCCCCUGGCACCUUGGGCACUUCAAAAUCGACAGCCAGCUGUCUGGAUCCAUCAAUAGAGCCAACUUCCGAGAACGGUUCCAAAUGCGACUACCUUACGGCGUCGUAAUGCGCUCUUAUUUUUAUGAGUCACAUCCAAGCCCGAAUCAGAGCAGCUACAUCAUCGCUGAUCGCGAUCGGAAGAGAAAAUCAGCCUUGCUGCCGCCCCUGUGCUUGGCCCUCUUACAUUACACACACAAUAAGCAGCCCCUACCCAAGCCUGGAUUCAAGACGGAGCCAGCGCCCGUGAGUAGCUAUCAACAGCAGCUCUUCGCCGGCAUGGGCAAGGGCUACAGGUUUGAGCGCCACAGCUACACGAAUUUCGUGGCCUAUCAGAAGAAGCCCGGCCACUACGAAUCGGUGCCCAUCGACCACAAAGUGGGACUGACCGCUGUGGCCUAUGCUGAUCUGCGCGAUAGGCUAGAGCUGAUAACAUUUCAUUAUCACUGACAAAGCAAAAUGAAGAAAGGAAUAAAGAAAUGUUUAUAAGAGUAAAGCAACCUCUUUCUCAGAUUUUCUCUAUAUUUGAGAUUCCUUUAUGCACAGACUUCGCUCUUUAAUAAGGAGAUAAGAACUUGCCCCAUCGGGCCCGUUCCGUUCCUGUGCUUAUGUGCGCUUAUGUAUUUGUGUAAUGCUGAUGGGGCUCGUUUGCUGUGCU